ACUCGCUCGUUCUCUCUCGCAGUACCCUAUAAAGAGAGAAGGGAGCUCUGCGAUGGCGGCAUCGAUCAAGAAGGUGUCGGCUGCCUCCGCGAGGGCUCACACUCGCAAGCAAAAGCAAGGCUCUUCCCCUUCGCUGCCUCCAGGGAUGUUUAAGAAGAUCUCUCUGGUAGUCUUGGUGGGUUUGGCAGCAUGGUUUUAUAAUGUGAUUCAACCGCCAGCUCCUGCUAUAUGUGGGACUCCUAAUGGCCCUCUUGUAACAUCAUCUAGAAUUAAGCUCAGGGAUGGGAGGCAUCUGGCCUAUUUGGAGGCCGGUGUCCCAAAAGCAAAGGCUGCACACAAGAUCAUUUAUAUUCAUGGCUUUGCCUCUUGCAAACAUGAUUUGCUUCCUGUUUCUCCAGACCUGGCUGAAGAACUAGGGAUUUAUUUGGUAGGUUUUGACAGAGCUGGUUAUGGAGAGAGUGAUCCAGAUCCUAAGAAGUCAGUGAAGAGCACAGCUCUUGAUAUUGAACAACUGGCAGACCAGUUGAGCCUAGGACCUAAAUUUUAUGUCAUUGGAUUCUCUAUGGGGGGAGAGCUUACUUGGGGUUGCCUUAAAUACAUUUCACACAGGCUUGCAGGAGCAGCUUUAAUUGCUCCAGUGGGAAAUUACUGGUGGCCUGGAUUUCCUUCCAAUGUAUCUAAGGAAGCUUAUAGCAUGCAAUUAGCACCAGACAAAUGGGCUGUUGGUGUUGCUCAUUAUGCCCCAUGGUUAACAUACUGGUGGAACACCCAAAAUUUGUUUCCCAGUUCCAGUGUAAUAGCCGGACGGAUUGAAAUCUUCUCUGCCGAGGACUUGAAAGUCUUGUCUAAAUUUCAAGGAAGACCUUACACAGCAUAUGUGACACAACAAGGAUUGUUCGAAAGUUUACACCGUGACAUGAUCGUUGGUUUUGGAAGCUGGGAAUUUGACCCUUUGGAUCUUGAUGACAUAUUUGCCGGCAAAGAAGGUUUAGUACAUUUGUGGCAUGGCACAGAGGAUUGGAUUGUUCCGGUCAUCCUCUCGCAGUAUGUCAGCCAAAAGCACCCUUGGAUCAAAUAUCAUGAAGUACCAGGAGCCGGACAUCUUUUCCCAUUGGCUGAUGGCAUGGCUGAUGCCAUAGUGAAGGCACUCGUGCAGGGGAAGAACUAGAUCUUCUUCUGUUUUAAUUAGUUCUUCUCAUCAGCAAGAUCUUUAUUCUAUAGUUGCUUGCUUUCAAAAUCUAGUAUUGAUUUCCAACUAUAUUAAAACCUUAAUAUUGAAUUAAAGAUUUUGUUAUGCUA